GAUAUAGUCUGCCGCCGCAGUUUCUCAUCGUUGCUCGCGCGAGCCAGGCGGAAAAUCCGGAUCGAAGGACCAUCGCAAGGAGCUGGACACGCGGAUAGAGCGCGAAAAAUACGUUUUCAGGGAUUUUUCGUGAGUUUGUCGACCGGUACGUGGUGCACGUUUGUUAUCGACCGUUCUUUUUGAGUUUUCACGGAAGUUCUUGUGGCGGGUUUGGGAAUUUAACUUAGUUUCAUGCGGUUUGUCCUUCAUUUACCGGAUAUGCGACAAUAAAGCGAUCUUUUCCAUCAACACAUCGUAAAAUGCUAUUUUCUGUUGGACUCAGUCAAUAUAUGAGAAAUUCAAGUAGUUUUUUAUUCGUUUCGUCGUAUCUUCUAUUCUCUAAUACGUAAUUUCGGUUAAUCAGCUCGUUUUUUCAUCCAAAAUGAACUCCAAAGGAUCUCAGAAAUGCGUGGCCGCUCUGGCAUGUCUCGGGAUCGUAGUCCUAUGCGCCAUAUUGGCUCUGGUGUGGGUGCAAUUCUAUCAGGGUUCUUUCAGGGGCUCCCAGGCCCCCCAAAAUGCUGGAGGGAGGAGAGAUGCUCCCUUCAAUUACACCGUAUCUGCACAAGUUGGUGAACCUCAUUCAAGGCCGAGAUUGAAAGAGCAUCGAGGAAACUCUUACUUGGAACAUUUGGGAUUAGAUACUAAUAUAGAAUACGUCAAACCGAUGAAAAUCAGUCCACUGCCACUUCAUAACCAUGACAUUAUUUUUAACGAGAUGUACAAUUAUAGUGAUGAGCCACUCUUGAUCUAUCAUACAGGCCAUUUUCGCAAUAAUAUGGCCGAAAAUUGGGACUCUCAUCCACACUAUGAAAUAUCCGCCUUUGGAAGAAAAUUCAUUUUGGAGUUAGCCCAUGACAACGAUUUUAUGCAACCUAGUUUACAUAUAAGCAACGUCGAAGAAAAUUACUCUCACAAGAAACUGGAAGACACUGGACUUCAUAACUGUUACUACACCGGAAGUGUUCAGGGCGAUUCCGAAUCUGAUGUGGUCGUCUCACUUUGUAAUGGAAUGACCGGAUUCAUAAGAACGUCAGACAGUAGCUUCUACAUCGAACCGGUAGAGUACAUCAAUGGGACUCUUAACAGUUUCCUGCAUCGUAUGAAAAUGGUUCCCAAUACCCCCAAGGAGGACAACGACGUCAUGCCACCUGUUGACACCAGUCACAAAUGCGGCACGAACGUGACUGAGGAAGAUAUCAACAGUGAAACUGAAGAAGAGUUCCCAAUAGCUCUCGACCUCCAUAAUCCAAUCCAUAACCUAGUGAAACGCAGCACCACCAAAUUCUCCAAAAUAGGUAAUCAAAGUAUUCAUAUCAGGAAGAAACGCGAAGAAGAAGAAGACUAUAUAAUGUUAGAAGGAGACGAGGAAAACGAAGAAAUCGAACCAUCUCAGUAUUACGUAAAAGUUUUAGUCGUUGCAGAUAGAUCUAUGAUAGAAUACUACGGAAACGAGCUCCACCAUUACAUUCUUACCCUUAUGGCACAGACCUCCCGUUUAUACAAGCAUCCAAGUAUAGGAAACGCAAUUUCAGUAUCCGUCAUGGAAAUAAAGAUAUUGAAAAAACAAGAUUUUCAAUCACCAUCAUCUCAAGGUACCUUGGCCAAAUUCUGCAGAUGGAGAACUGCCAAUACAGCCCAUUCCAACCAUGACGUAGCUGUAUUAUUGACCAGGCAAGAAUGGGAGGAGGGUGUUACUCUUGGAGUUGCAAGAAUGGGAUCCAUGUGCUCCACCGAAAGUUGUGCUGUUGCUGUAGAUAAAGGACUGCCGACAACAUAUACAAUAGCACAUGAAAUUGGACACACUUUGAACAUGCCUCAUGAUACCAACGAAAAAGGGACAUGUAGUAAUUACAACAAAGGAGAAAGUGAGAAAUACAUAAUGACCCACUCCUUGGAGAAGGACAUCAAACCAUGGAUGUGGUCUCCUUGUUCCAGGAAUUUUGUUACUGAGUUUGUAAGGUCUAAGAGAGCGAAAUGUCUUUUAAAACAUCCCACAACUAACUUUCUGUCGACAGAGCUAGCAGACAUUCCGCCUGGUGAAAUUUAUGGUGUUAAGGAGCAAUGCAUGUACGAAUUCAGUAGAGACUCUACUCAUUGUUUUCAAUCACAUGAGCGGCCAUGCUUAAAUCUUUGGUGUACCGAUGACAUAAAUACAGGAUGUAUAACAAAUCACAUGCCAUGGGCUGAUGGAACCCACUGUGGUGCGGGAAUGUGGUGUCAUAACAGAGAAUGUGUUCCUAAAAGAAAUGAUCUCAAACCUAUUACAGGAGGUUGGGGCUUAUGGUCAGAGUGGGGUCAAUGCAGCAGAACUUGUGGUGGUGGAGUUAAGACGUCUCAAAGGUUAUGCAACAACCCCAUUCCUGAAAAUGGUGGGGACUAUUGCAUAGGGCACAAUAUCCGAUAUGCCUCCUGUAACACUCAACACUGCCCCGACGACAAAGAUUUUAGGGCUAUCCAGUGCAGCAAACACGACGGCAACAAUUUCAAUACCUCCAAUGUUCCAAGAGAUGUUAAAUGGCUCCCAAAAUAUGGUUUCGCGAAAGAUGAUCAGUGCAAACUCUACUGCCGGCCUCAAGGCUCUAGCAAUUAUCGAUUGUUAAACCAGAAGGUUGUUGAUGGGACAAAAUGUGGAUUUAAAAGUUUUGGUAUAUGUGUUGAUGGAAAAUGCAGACAGGGUGGUUGUGAUAAUAGUUUACAUUCCAAACUGAAAUUAGAUGACUGCGGUGUUUGUGGAGGGGACAACAGUCAGUGUGAAGAGAUUUCCGGAAGUUACAAUGUCACCGCUACAUCACAGGGUUACAUCAGUAUUCUUACAUUCCCAAAAGGAAGUUCCAAUUUGAUAAUCGAGCAAAAAGACAAAAAGAACACCAAACUUGUUACUUAUCUUGCUCUGGUGGACGGAGAAACAAGAAAAUACAUCCUCAGCGGACAGAAUGUAGUAACGCCUCGUGGAAAAGAAAUUCCUUUCGGUGGUACCAUCAUUUCUUACUCGGGAUCUGGAAGCAGAAUCGAGAAGAUAACCACUCCCAAAAAUGAUAUCCUAUCCAAACCAUUAGUUCUGGAGAUUCUCACCACGAAUACCAUAAACCCGCCAGAUGUCACCUACAGAUACAUCAUCAAUAAACAGAAUGCACCUAGUUAUUCGCCGUACAACAUCAAAAUACGAACUUUGACAAAAACUACAGUUCGCCCUCCUAGGUACUCUUGGAGAUUAUACCAAAAGGAAUGGUCAGAAUGUAGUUCUAUAUGCAGCGGAUAUCAGACGAUGAGACCAGUCUGCAUUGCACUCGGCACCAAUGAACAAAUUGUGGACGAUUAUUAUUGCGCCAACAUCGAUGCACACGGUAUAGUCCAGAAGAAGGAAUGCAAUAACCACUGCCGACUGAUAUGGAAUCAAGCUAAAAGAGGAGAAUGCUCAACCAAAUGCGGUACUGGAGUCAGAACGGUCGAAUACAACUGCAUGAAAAUCGAAAACAUUGGGUUCCUCAAUAUCAUCACAGCAGACAGUUUUGGUGAAAUAGUUGAUGACAGUUAUUGCAGUGUUCUAUCACCACCACAAGUCACAGAACCAUGUGUUGGUAGUUGCGAUGCAAGAUGGUACUAUGGAAGUUGGUCUCAGUGUUCUCAAAGUUGUGGAGGGGGCAUCCAGACCAGGACAGCUGAAUGUGUAGACACCAAAAGUAAUGAGCCUUUAGAUGAAGACAAAUGCAGGGGAAUAGAGAAAACAACGAAACGAGAGUGCAAAGAUAAUGAAUGUCCAAAAUGGAUCACCACAGAUUGGAGUCAGUGUUCCGUAUCGUGUGGAAGAGGCUUUAAGACGAGAAAUGUUGACUGCAAAGUUGGAAAUGAAUAUUAUAAGGAGCACUUCUGCAAUCAGCAUACGAAACCAAUGGUGGAGGUCGAGUGUGAGAUGAGGCAGUGCGUUCAAUGGUCCACCGGAGAAUGGUCUGCUUGCUCCGCUACCUGCGGACACGGUGUCCAGACCAGGGAGGUUUUCUGCGAAUCUAAGGAAGAAAAUAGAGUCAUGGACCUGAGUUAUUGCUCAGAACUGUCGAAACCAGACGCUACCAAAAUGUGCCGAAUGGAAAAAUGCCCUAAGCCUGUAUCAUCCAAUCGACGUUUUUCAUAUCCAGAAGACGAAGAAUCUAGCAAUCACGUCCAGUAUGAAUUCAAAGAAGUUGAGGGCCAAUGGAUCCCAUCGCCUUGGGGUCAGUGUUCCAAACCAUGUGAUGGUGGUUACAGUGUACGAAGAGUGUUUUGUAGAGGAGAACACCAGGGUCUUAGAUGCGAUAUCUGGAGGAAGCCGAUUUCUAAAAUCAGCUGUAACACCUUCAGGUGUCCCCGCUGGCAGGUGGGAGAUUGGUCUAUUUGCGAUGAAAAUUGUGAGAAGCACCGUUCUGUAAUUUGCCGAAAUGAUACUGGUUCCAGAAUACUUGAUAACCAUUGCAGUCCCAAAGAAAGGCCAAGCGAAUCCACAAAAUGUAAGCUAUCGCAAUGCCCCCAUAUGUCCAAUAACUCAAGGCAGUACUUUGAAUCUAAUGAAGACAGCAGCGGUAGAUAUAGAUGGAAAGUUGGCAAAUGGAAAGAGUGUUCGAGCCAUUGCGGCAAAGGUGUGCGCAACAGGAACGUCACGUGCGAAGACAAACUCAAUGACAUCAUCCUGGUAGACCAGUUUUGCAAAGGUUUGAAACCGAAAAAAAGCAAACCUUGCGAACGGUUCAACUGUCCGUUCACAUGGAUCGAGAACGAUUGGUCUCCAUGUUCAGCCAAAUGUGGAAAUGGAUUUAAAACCCGCAAUGUCACUUGUCACAAGGUCUAUCAGGGAGGUCUUAUCGACCCUAAUCCGAUGCCAGAUUAUAGGUACAAGAGAUUCAGGAGGAAUUACUGUGAGAUGUUCAAUAAACCAUUGGAGACGAUGAAAUGCAAGGAGAGCAACUGUGGGGAUGAAUUCGUUUGGAGAACUGGACCAUGGAAACAGUGUUCGCACAAGUGUGGAAGGAAGGGUAGGCAGAUCCGUCAGAUAUUCUGUUAUAACUCAAGAACUGGGGCCAAAGUGGCUAGAAAAUAUUGUCCGAAAAAUUUCAGGCCAAAGAAAAAGCGAAAGUGCAAUCAAUGGAGAUGUGCACACAAAAGCUGUGCAGAUGCCAAGUACAACCUGCGAACGAGGGAGAACAAAGACUAUAUUUUGGACCUGGGAGGAAAGAUGGCUGUGGUUUACUGUUUCAAGAUGGAUACACCGACACCUGAGGAAUACAUAAGUUUGACGAGUGAUCUGCAAAACUACGCGGAAUUGUAUCACAAAAGAUUGAAGGAUUUGAAUUCAUGCCCUGAUGGUGAAAGAAACGACAACUGUGACUGUUUAGACGUUGGACCAACAAGGUCAGGACUGACUAGAUUCUAUAAAGUUAGGCUGGACAUAAGAACGAUGAGGAUUAUUGGUGAUGAUUUCAUUUUUUCAAAACAAGAAAGGGGUAAGCACAUCCCUUACGGCACUGCAGGAGACUGUUACAGCAAUGUAGAUGGUUGUGGACAGGGAAGAUUUGCUAUAGAUUUGAGUGGCACGUCUUUCAAAUUAAGAAGCGAUAUAGAAUGGACAGGGAAUAUCACAAAAAUUCAUAGAACGGAUAAAACUGCCAAUGGUAAGUGUGGAGGUUUUUGUGGAGAAUGCACACCUGAUCCUGCAAUAGGUCUACAUGUUGAAGUAACGUAGCAAUUGCAAAAAUGGAGUGUUUAGGUUGAUGAUCUAAUAUACCUAUUGAGUUUUCACGAAAUACCAUCAGAUAUUACAGCACAUCAGUGUACCCAUAAAAAUUAAAAUGGUAAACAUAAAUUAAUUUUCCUUGAUAAAUCUCGACUUGAUAGAUGUAUGUUAGAGAAAUUCGAUAAACAUGUAUGAAUAGUCAAGCACAAGACUCGAAUAUCUUUGUAUUAUACAACUGCCCAGUAUUUUUAGUUAUAGAGAAAUAAAUGUAUUUAUAUUUUCAACCAAGCAAUGUUUAAACAAAGUUCUCGCUUGAAUAUUGUGAAUUUCUUUUUCAGUGCUAUAUUGAACAGGUAUAAAAAACCCUUUUUUUUCUGAUACAUUUUUCAAAACUAUUCGGGAAUAAAGGAUCAAAUUAUUAUAUUGUAACAACCUUCCGAUGAAUAAAGCAUAUUGUACUCAUCUCUGCAUAAUUAUACAUCAUUCUUUGGUAUAAAUCUCCCAGAUGUAUUCUGGUAAAGUAUUUUUAUAGCUGUUCACUAAUAUAAUAUUCUAGACAUGCUGCCUUAUUAUUGAAAAUACAUUCGACAACGAUCUCUGCCAAUAUAAUGUGUUGAAAAAAUUAUAAAUAAUCCAAUUAUGUGCCUUUUACAAAAUGCCUGACCGAAAACAAAUGUACAUUUUAUUUUUCAUGUGACAUUCAGUUUAAACCAGGUUACUAAUAAGUUUUUUUUUGUUGAAAACUGAAUAGAUCUUUACCUCAUAUUGAGGUUUUCAUUGUGACAAUUUAUUAUAAUUUGCUUUGAAUGUACCAUUAGAUUUUAUUUAUAUGUAGCGGUAUUUAAUAAUUUGGAAAUGUCUUUAGAAUGUUGAGUAAACUUGUUCCAUCUAUCUACACCUCUAUUCUUUGAGUUUCUAAAUUAUUUUUUUAUAUUAUCAUCAUUAAAUAUUUUAGUCUACAGUCUUCACAAGUCUCAUAUAAAUGAAAGAAGUACGACUAUUCUAAAAUUAUUUGUUGAGUACUAUCGUCGAAAAUGUUUUAUCACAAUGUAACGAACAAAAGACCACAAGAACUUAAAAUAUUAAUGUAUUUUAACAGAACAAGUUUAUGGAAUCACUGCCUUCUAAGUCAUAAAAAUAAUUAUUAUCUGUUGUGGAAUACAGUAACAAUAAUUGAUUUGUUCUAUUUAUGAGUUAUUCUUAAAUUUGAAUAAGACUGUCUUUUAAUUAACAUCAAUACUCAUUACCCAAUAGAUUUUAGACAUACAAUGAGUUUCCAAAUUCAUUAAUUAUUUAUUUCAUUUAUAGUUUUUUAAUUGAAAUUGAAAAUGUGGAGUAUGUAGGUAUUGUAUAUAUGUAUCUUUUAUAAAUGUUAUAGAAAUAAAUAUACAUAAAAAGUG